AUGGAUAUUUACGCACGUGUUCGAUCAAGCAUAAUGUCCUGGAAAAAAGACACACCUCUUCCAACCGACGUACCAGAAUCAAAAUUCCAGUCCUGGAACCAGUUCGAUCCCAACUCCCAGCAGUGGGAUCCAGUGAGGGCAAAUGAAAACGCAGAGCCACCACGUGCCGAUGAUACAUCAUCUACAUCAUCGGAUCUAGUUCUCUUGACAUGGAAUAUCGACGCAUUAUCAGAGCGGACGCAAGAACGCGUCCCAGAAAUUCUCACAUUCAUCACCCAACUGGAUUCCAAGCCAGACAUCAUAUUUCUCCAAGAAGUCUCACAGCGGGCUCUGCGGCUGAUUUUGAGCGACGAGCGUAUUCGUGUAUCGUGGUUCUCAAGCGAGCACGAGAACACGCCAUGCAGACACUCGUUCACGACCAUGACCUUGGUAUCCAAGACACGGUUUGGAUCGCGAGACAGCUCUGAGACAUCCAGGUUUGCUCUAGGACCUGUUUGGAGAGUGGCCUUCCCUAGCCACUUUCGUAGAGAUGUACUCUUUUGUGAUCUCUUCUUUCCUUCCCCCACAGAUGCUGCUUCUACUACCCGGGUACGCCUUGCGAACGUUCAUCUCGAUUCCCUGCCCAUCAAACCUUCCCACCGGCCGCGGCAACUGUCCAUUGUCUCCUCUUUUCUGCGUAGUGCAGGCCGUGGGCUUGUGGCUGGUGACUUCAACCCGGUUCUGGAUGAAGAUGCCGCCCUCAUCGAAACCAAUGGACUUACAGAUGCCUGGACAGCCCUUUGUCCUGAAGAACCUGGGUAUACAUGGGGAGCGGAUGGGAAGCAGCGAUUCCCGCCAAAUCGGAUGGAUAAAGUCGCGCUGCUCGGUCUCAAAGCGCGUGGAAUUGAAAUCCUCGAGGCUCAGCGAGUGCGCAAGUUGGAUGGACAACAGGACGCUCAGUGUGAUUCGAAUAUACCCGAGUUUCAGCAGACUCAGCACGAAGUCACACUCUGGAGCGAUCACCACGGUUUGCUUUGCUCCUUUGCACUUGGAGAGUGA